UUUUGACACUCAGGCUGCAUGAAGGCUCCAGGUUCUUUGGGUUUGGUAUAACUGUCCCCGUCUCUGAUACCAUCUUAAAAGAUGCAUUAUUCUCCUGCAUGGAAUAAGAUCUACUCAUUGUCAUUUAAGCUUAAAGACUCUCAUAAGAGUUUCUCAGUCGGGUCCACUUGUCAGCUGUAUGAACAUUUCACAUUACUUGGAUGAGGGAGAACCAUAAACAGAGACUCUUAUCAGUAGAACUUUGCUCCAUUUGCUAUAUAGAGUAGGAUCUCUUUGCAGUCUCAUUUCAGUCUUCCAGGACAACAAGAGGAGCGGGCACUUCUCUGAACAAGAAACUGGUUCAGAGGGGCACAGAACCCCUUCACAGACACUUUCACUGGAAAGAUCUUCAAAUGUCAGACCAGAGCGUUUUUCACUCGGGAGAUGUCUUCAGCUCCAAAACCGUCAAACAGAGCAUGAAUCAAGACAUCAGACUUUUCUCAUCGCCUGAAGAAGACAGCAGUCUGUAUUUUACUUACAGUGGGGGUCGCAAUGAACUUGAAGUUCGCAACCUGAACUAUGAGGUGGACACGGCAGCUCAGAUACCUUGGUAUGAGAGGCUGUCCGAGCUUAAGAUGCCCUGGGAGAUGCACAGUAACAAGCAAACAGCCAUUAAAGAUCUAAACUUACGUGUACACAGCGGCAAGAUGCUCGCUGUCAUUGGCAGCUCAGGUUGUGGGAAGACCUCGUUACUAGACAUCAUUACAUGUCGAGAUGAGGGCGGCUCUAUGAAGUCGGGAGAGAUUCUGAUCAAUGGCAAACCUUGCACGCGGUCCCUGGUGAAGAAAAGCAUCGCGCACGUGCGGCAGGACGACCGUUUAUUACCGCAUCUCACAGUGAGAGAGACUCUCGCUUUUGUGGCUAAACUCCGACUGCCAGCACACUUCAGUCAGAAGCAGAGAGAUCAAAGGGUUGAUGACGUCAUUGCAGAACUGCGCCUGAGGCAGUGUGCCCACACGCGGGUGGGAAAUGAAUAUGUGAGGGGGGUGUCAGGGGGCGAGAGGAGAAGAGUUAGCAUUGCUGUGCAACUACUCUGGAAUCCUGGUAUUCUCAUCCUAGAUGAGCCUACCUCCGGUCUAGACAGCUUCACGGCCCAUAAUCUGGUUAUUACAUUGUCCCGUCUGGCUCGAGGGAACCGUCUGGUCUUGCUUUCCGUCCAUCAGCCCCGUUCUGACAUCUUCCAGCUCUUUGAUUUGGUGGUUCUCUUGUCAUCUGGUUCAGCCGUGUACUGCGGUCAGGCAAAAGACAUGGUACCCUACUUUACCGCUCUCGGAUACCCGUGUCCACGGUUGUGCAAUCCUUCUGACUACUAUGUGGACUUGAUAAGCAUCGAUCGACGUAAUCCUGAAAUAGAAGCAGCGUGUUUGGAGAAAACCAGGACGUUAGCGGCACAGUUUGUAGAAAAGGUGACGAACACAGAGGAUUUCAUGUGGAAAUCAGAAGACUGUGGUUCCCAGCAGGACAGUCCCCCAAGCAUCGCCCCCAUCUCAAAGACAGAAGCAGUGAUCACCGUGUCCCAACAGGAGAAUCGUCUGCCGGGCAAACUGCAUCAAUUCACAGUCCUGAUCAAACGGCAGGUGUUUAAUGACUAUCGGGAUCUGGUCACACUGAUGGUUCAUGGUUUUGAAGCCCUGCUGAUGUCACUGCUCAUCGGUUUUCUGUACUAUGGGGCUGGAGAACAGGGUCUUUCUGUCCAAGAUACUGUGGCUUUGCUCUACAUGAUGGGGGCCCUGACCCCCUUUGCUGUGGUGCUGGACGUCAUAGCAAAAUGUCAUUCAGAGAGAGCCAUGCUUUAUCAUGAGCUGGAGGAUGGAAUGUACUCUGUCACCUCAUACUUUUUUGCCAAGGUCCUCGGUGAGCUUCCAGAGCACUGUGUUUUUACACUGGUGUACGGUGUGCCCAUUUACUGGCUGGCUGGGCUCAAUGUUGCCCCCGAUCGAUUCCUUCUCAACUUUCUGUUGGUGUGGCUGAUGGUGUACUGCAGUCGCUGCAUGGCACUGUUUGUGGCGGCAGCCCUGCCUACAUUGCAGACGUCUUCUUUCAUGGGAAACGCACUCUUUACUGUCUUCUACUUGACAGCGGGCUUUGUCAUUAGUCUGGAAAAUAUGUGGCUGGUGGCAACCUGGUUUUCUAACAUAUCAUUCAUGCGCUGGGGUUUUGAAGGAACGCUGCAGGUUCAGUUUCGUGGGGUCAAAAUCCCAGUCUCUUUUGGAAACACAACUAUAGAAUUGGACGGUAUUAAAGUUGUGGAGAUGAUGAAAAUGAACCAGCAUCCCCUUUAUGCCUGCUACCUGGUGCUUAUCGCUGUUGCUUUAGUUUUUAUGCUCCUCUAUUUUCUGUCACUCAGAUUCAUUAAACAGAAGUCCAGUCAGGAUUGGUGAGAAAGACAGAUCACAUCAAGUGUAUUCUUUAGUUACAGCAUUGUGCUCAUGGUACAAAAGACAUACUUAGACAGUGAAAUUAAGAGUUUAGUUAAUGUUUUCAAAAUCCUGAAUUUAUCUCGUUUAUGGCUACAUUUUUGAUUGGGGGUGAGAAAAAGUUUUAAAGCUACAGUUUGGACAUAAGAUUUGUUUACAGUCAGUACUGUGGAUUAUUGAGGUUCAUUGCACUACUACUGUCUGCCGCUGGAUGGCAGCAUUAUACAAUGUUUAUUUGCACUUCGGAGUUGUUUGCCAUCGUUUAAUUAUUAACCUUUUUAAUAAACCACUCAAGCAUGAAUUUGGUAUCUAGCUUUUAACAAUCUUUCAUGUGACAAAUUCGAUUUCAUUCAUGUCUUGUCUUUUAUUUACUUUUGUACUGCAUAAUCUAUUUAUGUAAUUGAAUUAAUGUAUGUACUACCACAUGUGUUGCGACAGCUUUGUUUACAGGCUUGUGCUACUUUUAUGUAGCCUACACACUGCACUAGUGAGCAAUUCUGGUGCAUUUGUUGCUCAUUUCUGUUUGAUUCCACUUGAUACAGCUAUCUACAUGAACAUACAGAAUUUCACAUUCAACAUUUUUUGUCGUAACACACUUUUUCUUCAAAAGUGCAACUACGUCUCAAAUUUUAAUAGCUUGAUGGCAGAUCUUGUGUAAUAUUACACUAUAGUGUCUCAGUGUGUAGGUAAUAAAAACAGGACAUUGUUUACACAUCAACUUAUGUAGCAAUAUAUUAUUCAAUGAAAAAAUACUUAAAUUAAAAACUGAAGAGGGGAAAAGCAUCGCUUUUUAAUGCAUUAGAAAUGUUUU